AUGUCCCCUUCAAAACGCAAAGUAGAGUCUUCAGUCAAUCCUCCAAACAAAAAGCUCAAAGACUCUCACGUCUCCGAUGGAGAAUUUAAACUUGUCCAGGCUUCUCUUGUCCUUUCUAUUCCACCCGUUUUUGCCGCAAACCCAGCGGCAGGGGCAAACGAACUCCUUGAUUCCAUGAUUAUGAGGUGUGCUAUGGUUCACAAAAUCUAA